ACUUUUCAGCGCCGUAACGUUGCCGGCCCUGCCCAGCUGUCGACACAUUCUUUUUCCGGCGAGAUCCUCAGGUGGACGUAUCGUAGUUUUCAUAAUUUUAGCCGUAAAAUUAUCUCCAUCUUCCCACAAUGAAAAUCUGGAAGGAUAUCUUCACAGGUGACGAGAUGUUCUCGGACACCUACAAGCUGAAGCUGGUCGACAACGUUAUGUACGAGGUCUACGGCAAGCAUGUGUCCCGUACUCUCGGAGACGUCCAGCUGGAUGGUGCGAACCCAUCUGCCGAGGAAGCCGACGAAGGUACCGAUAACGCGACCGAGUCCGGCGUCGAUAUUGUGCUGAACCACCGCCUGGUCGAGACCGGAUUCGCCGACAAGAAGCAGUUCACCACCUACCUGAAGGACUACAUGAAGAAGCUGGUCACCCGAUUGGAGGAGAACAACCCCAGCGAGGUCGAAGUCUUCAAGACCAACAUCAACAAGGUGAUGAAGGAUCUGCUGGGACGCUUCAAGGAUCUGCAGUUCUUCACCGGCGAGUCGAUGGACUGCGAAGGACUGAUUGCCAUGCUCGAGUACCGCGACAUCGACGGCGAAAGCACGCCGGUCCUGCUCUGCUUCAAGCACGGCCUGGAGGAGGAGAAGUUCUAGAGACUAAGGAAUUGUGUGUGUAAUACAGUUGUAUGUAUAGCUAGAUCGCGUAACUAUUGUUUCGAAUUCGAUGACGGCACGGCUAGAGGCAGUUGAAGACGAUCAUCGCCGACGACAUCGGAGGAAUCUUCUCAAACUCCAUUCAGGACGGCUAGGACGGAGUCCAUUCUCUUCUCUUUAUUAAACAACAGCCAAAUUCCUAUUUUUUCCAAUCGAACCGUUUUUUUAUAUUUAUUUAUCGCAUAUCAAAAUUUAGAUUUUUGCAUCUACUUUAAAUCAUUGCUUGCUUUCCAGUAGGACACAAAGAACUUCAUGAGCAGCGAACUCACAAUCGUUUUUGCAUAAACCGUGGCAAUCCAGAAAGUAAAUUAAAUUCCAGUAGAGCAACAAGACUUUCACCAUUAGUUUCCCCAAUAUAAAAAGCCACGUUCACUAGUAUCGUUUCUGUUGCUUCUUAGAAAUGGCCAUGAAUACCUAUCACAGUGAAACGACUCGCAUUUAUCAAGGAAAUGAAUCAAAUCAGGAAACCACUAACAGAGUACACGAAUGCAAUUUUUCAAACCACCAAUACUCGUUGAGGAAGCGGCUUAGGUUAAUUUUUAAAUGACAGCAGGAAUACAAUCAUCCACCUUUUCUUAUUUUGUUCGAACUGUGGUGACCGGUGGAAGGUGUGGUUCGAAGGAGGACGUUUUGUCCCUUCGUACUGAACGAUAAGGAAUCAACCAAUAUUGGGUAAUGAUUAGGAAAAGAAUGUCAAAUAAAAAAAAUACUGAACAAACAACAUCUCCGGUUCAGAAAUGCUAAAACAGGA